AUGCCUACCAACCGAGCUGCUUGGGUAGUUACUCAAGGGAAACCUCUCGAGGUCAAAGAAGCGCCUUACACUUCACCCGGACCCAACGAAAUCGUCGUCAAAAAUGCUGCCGUAGCUAUCAAUCCCGUCGACUGGCUACUUCCAAAUGUUGUUAGCAUGUUUACACCGCAAGUGAAGUUGCCCUUUAUCUUUGGCGACGACUGUGCUGGUACAGUUGUUGAAGUUGGUCAAGGUGUGACUACACUCAAGCCUGGCGACCGCGUACUCGGACUGGCAGUCAGCUUUGACAAGCGCUCCAACAAGGCUAGUGAAGGCGCCUUCCAGCAAUAUACGGUCUUGAGAACGAGCCUUACGACUAAGAUCCCGGAUUGGAUGUCAUUCGAGUCUGCUUCGGUCUUACCUCUUGGUCUGGCCACAGCUGCAUGUGGACUCUUCUUGAAAGACUUCCUGAGUCUUCAGCUACCAACGGCACUGAAACCGCAGAAGCCUACCGGAGAGACUGUGAUCAUCUGGGGAGGUAGUACAAGUGUUGGAUGCAAUGCAAUCCAACUCGCAGUCGCGGCCGGUUACGAGGUCAUCUCCACCGCCUCGCCCAAGAACCACAAAUACUUGAAGAGCCUAGGUGCAUCCGAAGUAUUCGACUACAACAGCCCCACAGUAAUCAAGGACAUUGUGGCAACCAUGAACAACAAACACAGAAUAUCCGCCGGCGCAUACGCAAUCGGCGUCGGAUCUCUGAGCGCCUGCAUCGACAUCCUCAGCCAGACCAAAGGCAAGAAAUUCGUCGCUCAAGCUAGCCACGAUAUCCCGAUGAAAGAGUUUCCGACUAACAUGCUCGCUAUCAUGUGGAAGAUGGGAUCUAGCUUCGUGGGCUGGAAGCUCAAGGGAUUGAGGAAAGGUAUUGGAUAUAAGUUUGUCUGGUCGACAGAAGUCAUGGCGAAUGAGCUUGGCUCGGAGAUCUACGAGAAGUUCCUGCCCAUCGCGCUGGCUGAAAGAACAUUUGUUGCAGCUCCUGAACCGCAGGUAGCUGGAAAGGGUCUCGAGGGAAUCGAGACAGCGUUUGCGGUUGCUAAGAAGGGUGUUAGUGCGAAGAAGAUUGUUGUUAGUCUCUAGUAAUUGUUUGGAUGUACUGUAGAAGGGUGUGUAAUUACAUCGGGGCC